GUCCACGCGUCGGAAAGUAGGUUAGCAGGGUAGAGUGAGAGUCGAGGGAGGAGGACGAUUCAGACACGCCAUAACACACAUCAAAAGCGCAAAAGGACGCUUUUAGGGACGCAAACUCACUCUGAGGAUCUUCCUUGUAUUUAAUUUACCAAUAAUGCUCUCUGUCGAAUCCGAAAAAUUCUAUUCGGUAAGUAAUCUCACGAAAGCGACUUAGUCCGGCCAAUAUUGCUCUGCACCCUGUGGACUUUGUAAAUUGAAGAAACAGCCAUCAAAAUGAGAGUGAUAGUGGGGAGAGACCUCAAAAGCAGCCAAAACACACCAGAGAGCGGAGAGAGAACAACACGAGAGUGCAGCGGCUGGUGUGCCUUAUUCUGUGUUUUAUUGUUUUGUUGUGAAGCUGAAGAUUUCGAGAAGUUGAUGUUAACUGAGAGUUUUGCUACAUUGAACUGACUGAACUAAGAAAAGCACAGAGAAGGCUGCACUCAAGUAUACUUUAGGCAGAAAAUAAAAGCCUUCCUGAAGUGUGCCACUGCUCCCCGUCUCUUCCUUCCAUACCCGAACCUUAGCCUCAAAUUGAGGUUAUACCCUGUAAGAUAUGUGGCGACAAAUCUUCCGGGAUUCAUUAUGGUGUUAUCACCUGUGAAGGGUGCAAGGGAUUUUUCAGACGCAGUCAGCAGAACAAUGCCAUGUACUCAUGCUCACGGCAGAGGAACUGCUUGAUCGACCGAACCAAUCGGAACCGCUGCCAACAUUGUCGCCUGCAGAAGUGCCUGGCACUCGGCAUGAGCCGUGACGCGGUGAAGUUUGGUCGGAUGUCAAAGAAACAGCGAGACAGCCUGUACGCAGAGGUGCAGCGACACCAGCAGCUGUCUCAGGAGUGCCUAGCAGGUUUGGGUAGCGGUCUGACAUCACGAGACCACGAGGAGACUGGCGAAGACAGCGCGAACAGCCGGCCAUACAGCAGCGGAUGCUCCAGCACCACCCUUAGUGACCUAGACGAUAUCGACGCGCUACCAGACGGCUUGCUCUUUGACCUGCCGCUCACCCCAGAGGAGACUAGGGAGUACUGCACUCUAGAGAUGCUUGGGGGUGGGUCAGGAAGUGGAAGCUCAUCCAAUCAGAGCUCUCCAGAGUCCAGCAUGGUUGAUUUGACGGAAGCAGGAAGGGUGAAACAUGAGUAUAUCCUGUAUGAAAACAGCCUGCUUACACACUCUCUCCUGGGGUCCCUACCUGACAACUGCUCUCUACACGACAUAGAGCGGAUCACUCAAAAUGUUGUGAAGUCUCAUCUGGAGACGUGUCAAUACAGCACAGAAGAGCUGAAGAAACUCAAUUGGAAUGUCUACACGCCUGAGGAAACUCGCAGCUUUCAACUCAAGUCUGCAGAAUGCAUGUGGCAACAUUGUGCCCUGCACAUCACAAAUGCCAUCCAGUAUGUUGUGGAAUUCGCCAAGCGUAUCUCUGGAUUCAUGGAUUUGUGCCAGAAUGACCAGAUAAUCCUGCUCAAAGCAGGAUGUCUUGAAGUCCUGCUGAUCAGAAUGUGUCGUGCAUACAACUCUUCUAAUAACACUAUGUUUUUUGAUGGAAAGUUUGCCAGCCCGCAGCUCUUCAAAGCUCUUGGGUGUGAUGACCUGGUGAACGCCAUCUUUGAAUUGGCUAAAAGCUUGAGUCGUCUACAGCUGAAUGAAGAGGAAAUGGCUUUAUUCAGUGCGGCCAUUCUACUGGCACCUGAUCGGCCGUGGUUGACGGAGUCUCAGCAGGUGCAGAAGCUUCAGGAGAAGGUUUAUGUGGCCUUGCAGCACAGCCUGCACAUGAACGGAGCCACCACUGAGAAACUGGACAAGAUGGUGUCCAAACUACCACAGAUGAAGUCUAUCUAUAACCUGCAUAUUGACAAGCUGGAGUUCUUCCGCCUGGUGCACCCAGAAACGGCCUACAGCUUCCCGCCUCUGUACAGGGAAGUGUUCGGCAGUGAGAUCAACUUCCCUGACUCCACCAGCCGUUAAAGAGGAAGAAAGAGAGAGACAGGGAGAGAAUGAGUGAGGGAGAGAAAGUGAAGAAGGGGAUAUAAUGAAAGAGUGUAAAAGGUUGCAGGGAGAGAAGAAAUAGACCACUGAGUGUAAAAACAGAUUCUAAAAUGAAGUCAUUUAUAAAACCUUGAGCAGUCCAGGCACAAUCCUUCCCAGUUUAGUGCAGCACUGUUACAUCACAACCAUGUAUACAUAGACACAACUCAAACACUUUCAUAUGAUGCACAAACACACACUGCCACAGGGGCCAACAUAAAGGGGCGAAUUUACUAAACAGUUGCGUCAUUUUUGCUGUAUUUCACCACAAAGUUCCUACAUCUUAUUCACAAGCCACCCGCAAUCCAGUUUAACCAGGUGCACUCAGUGCUGAAAUAGUGAUGCACCUUGAGUAUUUAAAUGAUGUAAUUUUUUUUUCCAGCACAAAUAUGCUUAAUUCCUAUGUCGCAGUAAGAGAGGAAUUGCGGGAUGUAAAUUAUGUUGAGCACAAAUUUUUGGGGUGUUUUUGAACUGUUAUCUGAUUUGCAUACUUCCUUUGGUAAACCGGGUUUAAAAACAAUGACAACAGCAUGUGCAGAUAAACAAUGCUAUCAGUGGGCGCAAUUGGUUCUUAGUGAAUUCCCCCAAAGUUUUUCAAUAUCCAUGCUAUUGUGCAACCGUACACACAUCACCAUUUUAAAAACACACUCACGAUUGGAAUACUCCUGGUUGUGCUUUCGAGCUGUUUUAAUUUUAUGGAAACACUUAUAAAUGAUCUUUUAUGUACAGAUGAAAGCUUGAAAGGAUUUUUUUUUUUUUCAAACAUUUAAUGUUUAAACAUGCCAUAAUCCUUUCUGUACACAAAAAGAUAUUUAAAGGAGUUUUUUUGUAUACUAUAAUUUUAAGAGGAUCAAACUCUCUUCCACAAAGUCUGUGUAUGUUCAGGAGAGCACAACACCUUUUUAAUGAGGUCUAAAAAAAGUCUUUCACCCAACGAAUCACUCUUUAAGCGUUAAUACCGUUAUUUUGUCCCCUUCUCCCCUUGUUUUUUCACCCUCGACGAAUCAUGAAUGUAUCCCAUGAAACGAUAGCACUUAUUUUAAUUUUUUUGUGACCGAAUGUACACAAUGCACUUGUGGUCCUGCGUUAUGCUUUACAAAACUUUAUGACAAUCCACUCAAACAAAAACCUGAUGUGCCCAAAUCACUACAAAUGAAGGGACCAAUGAUACCAAAACUCUACCAAUGCUGCGAUAAAGGAAUAUUAAAUGUUAAGUGCAAGUUAAGCUUUAUCGACGGCAUCUUUGGCUAUUUCGAAUCAUCUCUCAGUUUGUAAAAUUUUGCAUGUUUGAGCUGUAGAUUUUCAUUGUAAGUGCAUUUUUAUCAACACAUUUUUUUUUUGCUUUUACAAACUAAGAGACGAAUCAAAAUUAUUUUCUUUGGUAAGCAUGCCACAGUUAGAGCUUAACUUGUAAUUAACCUGGAAUAUUCCAACAAAACCUACAUAGUGUCAUGACAAUUCAUACGAGACAGCAAAAUCAUAAGAUACAUAGUUCAUUGGUUAGUUUAUUUAUUUCUAUAAGAGUAAAAGUUGCAAACAAGCCAACAUGUACAAUUUCUUUUGAUUUCACAAUCUUGUACUAUUAUUAUGGGCUGGCAAAUCUAUUUAGAUGAACUAGAAAUCAUAAGUGUGCUGAACUCUAAUGUGCAAUAGAAGUUAGAACAAUUAGAUUUUUUUUUUUUUGACCAUCAGCCUGGUAAUUAGCACCAAAAUGCAGUCAUGUCCAAACAUUUGUGAACACCUUGUUUUGUUUAUUUUCAGAAAAGAAACCCAUAUGCACACAAUCGUCACUUUCACAUUUAUUUAAACAAACUAAUACCUCAAUCCGCAAAAUCUGCAGAACUACUUAACUGCAUCUUAACAGUUGUAGAGGCUUUAGUUCGCUUUAGAAGAAAAUUGUGUUACUAAUGCAAGAAAUUUAAAAAUACCUGCACACAGUAUAUUUUAUAUAAGGUAAUGUACCUUCUUGUUUUCACUUAGCAAACAACAUUUUACCGCAACAGUGCUAAUCGGGACAUAUUAUUUGACCUUAACUGCCAAAUAGCACCGAAAUUACAACAGUAUCGUGUUUUAAAUUCAGUACAAGGAGUUUGCAAACUUUGGCAUGACUGUGAAUAAUUGGCGAAUGGAACAUCCAAAGCAGUUAUUUCACCAAACAUGCUCUUAUUUGCUCAGGCACAUUUUCACACAGUGUUUGGUGCAGCUCCUUGUUUUGUUUUUUUGUCAUUUUAAUGCAAUGAGACCUCAGUCCCACAUCCCCUUCCCUUGUAAAUGCCACUUUAAAAAAUAAAAAUAAAAAAUGAUGUUCAUUUAAUUUAUAUGGACAUUUAUAAAUGGUUAUUUUGAAUAGGAAUGUGUAGAAAAUAGGAUAUUUAGUCCAAAAAAGAAGAAAGAACUAGAGAGAAAAACAAGGAAAGGUGGAGCAGGUGUAAGUAAGAGAUACAGGAUUGUUCAAAGAAUGGAGCGAGCCAGGACUUUUACCAGCCGGCUCAAACAUUCCUUGGACUGCAUCGGAAUACCGGACCAGAGAGAUAUUCUUUGAACAGACUUCCGCCCACUUUGUUCUGGAUGAACUUUGCAGGCUGGUUUCCUGUAGCGUUCCAGAUGGAAUGCUUACAGGGAAUGGACAUUUAUUCCAAGACGAGUUGGAUGCGGCACGGAAUUUGACACAGCUUUUUCACAAAAAGGCAAAGGAGCAGUGUUUUCUGGGACAUGCACUGAGUUGGGAUGGCCCUAAUAAUCCCAGCCUGAUCAUGUGAGAGACCCUUCCUCCUGUAGGAUCAAGAGUUUGGUAAACUUCACAAUUGGUUUUCAUAGACCGAAAGAAAACGCAAUAGAUUCGGAAUGUCACUCAAAGAUUAGUCCAGGAACAGAUACGCCACAUGCAACACACGGCUUCCGGGAGCCUUGUUUGUGGUUACAAUGAGCACGGAAGUGGUUUCUGUUGUAUUAUUUUGUAAAUUGUUGAUCACCUCUCCUUUUGUUCUUUUCUAUGGCCCAGAUUUCAUCCUUCAGUUCUCCUUUUCCCUACUCGUGCACCACAGUACAACAAAAAACACAGUUUGACAGAGUUCUCAGCUACUCCUUUGAGUCAAGGCUCACAAUAUUGUUUAUAAGACCACAGUAUAUACACUACACAACUGGUUUAAGGUGAUUCUCAAACAUUGAUCAAUCACAUCCCUGCUACAUAAAACCAUCUUAAACCAGCCUAAUCUGAUUUUCUGGUUUUAACUGGUCACCUUGGACACUUCAGCUGGUCAGACUGGGGUACCAUCUUAAAACCAGCUUACACUAGCUUGGCCAGGCUGGAAGACCAGCUAGACCAUCCUAAACUAUAUAAGACCAGCAAACCAUCUUGGAGUAUUUUUUCAGUAGGGAUGUUCUAAAUAAAAGACUAAAAUGACAUGAUAUGGUGAUCUAAGUUAUUUUUUUAAGGAAAGAGAGAACUUUUCUUGUCUACCCAACCGUGUUCAGAAAGUCUCAAAGAAUAUAUCCAGUCAUUUCUUUAGAAGAAUACAGGAAUUCUGUCAGUAUAAUGUAUUUUGAAGCAUGUUGUUUUGACAAUCCCCACCUUUAGGUCUUUGAUGCAUGCCGUCCUAUUCAGAAGAAGUUGUGUUGUCUCAUUCAGUCACCCUGUAAAAAUGUAUAUGGUCCAUGUUUGUUUCUUUUUUUUGUUUGUUUCUGCUGUGUGUGUUUCACAACAACAAAAAAAGAUUUAUUCUCAGGGA